AUGGGGCCACCUCCAGGCAUAGGCAACGCACCCGGCAUGGGCCCUCCCCCCAGCGUCGGCGCACCCCCAGGCAUGCAACAAGCCCAAUCCUCCGCAACACCGCGCCCCGGCGGGCUCCCACCGAACUUCGCCCCUCCCGCCGGGAUGCCCAACAUCAACUUCAGCGCGCCCGUCAUCCGGCUGGGAACGACAGGGCCAGGCCGAGGCUCCGAGCCCGUGCGGCGGGACACCAACGCAGAGCCCAUGUCCGCGGGCGGGCGAAGAGGAUUGGGAAUGGGGAGCGACUACCGGGGCACAGAGCAGCAGCGGCAGCAGAUAAGAGAUAGCAUGAUGGCGCUGCAGCCGCCGACGCGGGAGGAGAUUGCGCGAACAAUUUUCGUGGGGAAUAUCACGGAGGGCGUGGGCGGGGAUCAGGGGUUGGAGAGGGUUCUGAGGACUGCGGGGAGUUUGCGUCGCUGGACGAGGGCUACGGACGCGGAUAAUAAGCCCUGCAGGUUUGGGUUCGCCGAGUAUGAGGAUGCGGAGAGCUUGGAGACUGCGGCGGCGAUAUUUAGAGAUGUGGAGGUGCCGCUUAAGAGGCAGGAGCCGAAGGCUAAGCAAGAGACCGAUGGUGCAGGGGAGGAGAAUGGGGAGGUGGAGAAGGCGAAACUACUGGUCAUCGUAGACGAAGCGUCAAUGAAGUACGCCGAAGAGUGGAAAGAGCGCCGCAAUGAGAACGAAUCAGCCUCGGAGUUCCGCAUCGACACCGCCAGAGAAUCCCUCCAGAGCGUCCUCCGCAGCCUGUUCCAUCCGGUCCCUUCAGCCAGAAUGGAUCAAGAUGGCGAUGUGGCAAUGGCAGACGGAGAGCUAAAGAGCGAUGCCACCGCAGCUGAAGUGAUCACAAUUCCCCUGUCCGCCGAAGAUGAGCUAUCAGAUAUCCCCGCCGAGAUGCGCGAGACGGUCGCCGCGGAAAUUGCGGCCUUCAGAGACCGCAGCAAUCGCCGAGAUCUCGAGCGUUUACGUAGAGAAGAAGAGGCUGAGGCGCUCGAGCGGCAACGAGGGGGAAGAGCGAACCGCCUGGCCUCACCCCCUCCUUCUGCACCAAGUGGCCCUGGCGGUGCUAAUGGCAUUCCUCUGGGGCCUAGAGAACGCGGUGUAGUGGGUGCUCCGAGUGGCCCUAAGGCCUUCCAAGGCUCACAGGUACCCAAAGACUAUCAAGGUGGUGUUACAUUUGUCAACGGAAGUGGCAUCAACGGCGCAGCGUCUGCUGGGUGGAUCAACCGCGAAGACGAGGACAGUGACGCGAGCGAUGAGGAGCUCGAGCGACGCCGACAAGAAAAGAAGGAGGCGGAGCUGGAAAAAAUCUAUCUAGACUACGAGCGGCGCUGGCUGAACCGAGAGCGGAGCCGCACAGCGGCGGUGGAGCGAGAAAAGGCCCGCGACAAAGAUGAGGAAGCGGCACAAGCGCGAGAGAAAGACGCCGUCGCAAAGCGACUGAAGGAGUGGAAUGACGAUGUCGAGGCCCAGAAGAAGACAGAGGAGUACUACGUAGACCGCAGCUUGUGGAUACGUAACCGCAUGGCUUUCCGCGCGCGUGAAGCGGAGGCCGAUGAUAGGGACAGGGCGAACGAGGACCGCGAGAAGGCGCGCGAAGAGCAGAAAAGGGAGCAGGCCCGUGGUAUGGCCGACUCUUUCUUGGACAGGCAAGCAGAAGAGCUCGGCUCCCGUGUGCAGACACCACGAGAACCCGCCCGCUUCAAGAUGUCGCUGGGCACUGCAGCCGCGCAAAAAGCCCAAGCAGCAGCGCCGAAACGCCGCACGAUCGCCGAAGUCGAGGGCCUGCUCGAAGAUGAAGAGGAAGCGGAUACGACCACCAGACGCACGCUCGUGCCCAUCAAAUUCGACACUGCGGCCGAAGCGGCGGGACUUACGGAUGAAGAGAGGCAAGAGGCAGCGAAGCAGCUGGCGGGCGAUAUACCCACCGACAAGGAAGGCCUCUGGAAUUGGCCGAUCAAAUGGGAAUUCGUGGAUGAUACGGUGCUCACGGAGAGGCUGAAGCCGUUCGUGGAGAAGAAGAUUGUGGAAUACUUGGGCGUGCAGGAGCAGAUGCUGGUGGACGUUGUGGAGGGGCAUAUCCGGAAGAGAGGCGGGCCGGAUGAGCUGAUCGGGGAGCUUGAGGGGGCACUCGACGAGGAGGCUGAGGUCCUAGUGAAGAAGCUCUGGCGCAUGAUCAUCUUCUUUUCAGAGAGCGAGAAACGUGGGCUAUCAACAUAG